AUGUUCCAGCAAACCCCAAUCAAUCUCCUCCUCCAGCUAUGCCUGGCCGCUCUCGCCUGGGCUGCGCCCAUCGCCGACGAGGUGACGACGACCCAGGGCAUGAACCCCUCUCAGAAGUACGGAACCGGCGGCGGCAUCAUCGGCUUCAUCGUGCUCAUCCUGGACAUCAUCGUGUGGAGUGAGUGUGAAACGACCGACUCGCGCUCCCAGCCUACAUUGCGCCUGCUGACCGCCGGAUGUAGUCGAGGUCUUGAAAUCCAAUCGCCCGCCCCUCUCUAAGCUCCUGUGGUGCCUGCUCGUCUUCAUCUUCCCCAUCGGCGGCAUUGUCAUCUACUGGCUCUUCUCCAACCGCGCAGCCCACAACCCGGGCGGAUACGAGCCGAUUGCGUGA